UUAGCUCGUUGUUGCAAGACGACCAAAAGAGCAAAUAUUGACAAAGUAGUGAGCCGCUUGUAAUCGGUGUUGCAAAAUUCAAAGGUUUCCCAGCACUGAUUCGAGCAACAACAACAAAUACGAAUUGCAGGCUGCACGUUUUGAACGUAAAAUGUGGGCGCCUUGAUAACAAAGCAACAACGACGGAAAUAUGUAUAACAUAAUAAACAAAAUUUUCAACAAUUAAAGCAAAAAGAACAAAACGAAAAAAAAAAAAACAAUCAAAAUUAUAAAAGUUGAAAACGAGGGUAACAAAUGUGACAGGAGGUGUGUGUGUGUGUGAGUCAAAAUUCGAAGCGGAGGAACAAGCACCAUUACAAUAACAGUACAGCCGCUGCCGCUGUCCGAUUGUUAUGCAAGCAGCGCUGCAGCCCCCCACCUGAGCAGUGCAGCCCAACAGCCGCAGCCGCAGCCGCCUCAGCAAUAACAAUCAAUUAACUAGUCGCCAUGCUGCUCAAUCGUUUCGUUUCAGCCAUAAAAAAUCAAUCGAGAGAAACCUUGCGCGCAUGGACCUAUCAAUGCGAGUCAAUAUUCGCCCAGCGCUCGCGCCGGCUGCAACAGCUGCUCACGUUCUAUCAGAACGUCUAUGGCACACAGGGACUCAAGCAGCUCUGGCGUGUCUAUUAUCGCAGUCAAAUACAGCCACCGUUGCGCGGCAUGGUGCUCAGUGCAGUGGGCAUUAUGGGCUUGAAUGUGAAACGGCCAACGGCCGAUGGCUUCGACUGGGUCAAAGAGCGGCUGUCGCUGGCUAACUUUGAUUUGUGCCAACGAGAUAUUGAUUUCAUAAACACGCUACCUGUGAAUCAGCUGUGCGAGCGCUGCAAGGCGAAGAAGAUGAAGUACUGCUAUUGCACACUGGGAAACCAGCGAUGCAAGAAGGGCGGCGCUGUCGUGCCACCGGGCAAGGCCGAACAGAAGUCCGGAAAGGAUGAAGCGAGCAUUAGCAACUGUCACAAGUCAAUGGACUAUGACUCGCGUGGGCCUGUGGGCCAAAUACGCAUUCAGGCCCAGGAGGAGCGUAACUGGGAGCCGUACUUUAGCAAGAACGAGUUCAGCAUCUGGCGGCGCGAGGAGCACUCAUCCCUCUACUCGUACAAGGUGUAUGCACGAUUCGAUGAUAUUACGGCCGAUGAUUUUCUGCAUGUACAAACGGAUCUGGACUAUCGCCGACAAUGGGACGAUACGGCGCUGAGACUUGAGCUUAUUAGCGAGGAUCCGGCGCCAAACAGUAAUUCGCAUCUGAUCUACUGGGAGAUGCAGUGGCCGCGCUUAUUUGCCAACCGGGACUACGUAUAUUGUCGGCGCUACUACAAAGACGAUGCUAAAAAGUUAAUCUUUAUUUGCAGUCGCGCUGCCCAGCAUAACACAUACCCAGCUAUAUCUGGGAAGGUGCGUGUCACCGAUUACUGGAGCCUGAUGGUCAUUAAGCCAUUUCGAGGCUUCCAUGAGCCGGGAUUGCACUUUGUGUUGACAUAUUACGACGAUCCGGGCAUCCCAAUUCCGCAGAACAUUAAAUCGUGGGUCACGCAAAAACAAAUGCCCGAAUUCCUUACCAAAAUGUACGUGGCUACCAAAAAUUACGCCUGCUCCCGAGCCAUCAAGAUGAAAGACAUGUUCAAUAGCUUUACGAUAAUCAACGAUGAGUAUACGGCAAACGAGCAGCGCGGCAGCUGGCUGGGCAGCCUCAGCCGUCACAGGCGCAAGGUCAAAAACGAUUCCGAAGUCGAUCGCUGACCACAGCGCCGAGCUGCCGUUCCUCCAGAGAGCAAAUAACCUAUAACAAAUAGAAAAUCAAACGAGGAAAACCCAAAACCAAAAGAAAGCAAACUGCAGCAAGAAAUACCAACAGCAAUACAACUUUUUAUCCUAUCGUAUGUUGUAAUUCACAUAGAAGUAUAUAUACAGAUACACACACACAAAACAAAAACAAAAAUCAAAAAACAAAAAACGAGAAAAAAGAACAAUAUAUUGAAUAAUUAGGGCUCAUCUAGUUUAUAGAAUUUAACAAAUUAUUUCAUCAUCCAUGCAAAUGUGCAAUAAAAUACCAUUCGCAACUUGGAGGCAUUUAAAAUGUUGCAUCUUCUGUGCCACACUAAAGAAAUAAAUUAUUGC